AUGAGCUCCUCAAGCAUCAUGCGGAGCCUGACUCCCUCCACCAAGCUCUCUCGAACUUGGAGGCAAUCCAAGAGAUAUUUCUCCUCUACGCGCCCUGCCGCCCGGAUCAUUACCAACCAGACGCUACGAGCUAAAGAAGCUUCGCCUUUUGUGUCUUCAAAAUACCCUGUCAUUGAUCACGAGUAUGACGCGGUGGUCGUGGGAGCCGGCGGCGCAGGUUUGAGAGCGGCCUUCGGUCUGGCGGAAGCAGGCUUCAAGACAGCAUGCGUGACCAAACUGUUUCCCACUCGGAGUCACACGGUGGCGGCACAGGGAGGCAUCAAUGCGGCCCUGGGGAACAUGCACGAGGACGACUGGAGAUGGCACAUGUACGAUACAGUCAAAGGGUCGGAUUGGCUCGGCGACCAGGACGCCAUCCAUUAUAUGACCCGCGAAGCCCCCCGAUCCGUCAUCGAACUUGAGAGUUAUGGCUGUCCCUUUUCGCGGACGGAAGACGGGCGGAUUUACCAGAGAGCUUUCGGAGGUCAGUCACAGAAGUACGGCAAAGGCGGACAAGCGUACCGGUGUUGCGCCGCCGCCGAUCGGACUGGCCACGCCCUCCUGCACACCUUGUACGGUCAAUCCUUGAACCACAACGCCAGCUACUUUAUCGAAUACUUCGCCCUGGACCUGCUCAUGGAAGGCGGGGAAUGCAAGGGUGUCCUGGCCUACAAUCAGGAGGACGGCACUCUUCACCGAUUCAAGGCGAAGAACACCGUCCUGGCAACGGGCGGUUACGGUCGAGCCUACUUCAGCUGCACCUCUGCCCACACCUGUACCGGUGACGGUAUGGCCAUGGUCGCCCGUGCUGGUCUUCCCAACCAAGAUCUGGAAUUCGUCCAAUUCCACCCGACCGGUAUCUACGGCGCCGGCUGUCUGAUCACCGAAGGUUCCCGGGGUGAGGGUGGCUACCUGCUGAACUCGGAGGGCGAACGGUUCAUGGAACGCUACGCGCCCACGGCGAAAGAUCUGGCCUCUCGCGACGUCGUUUCUCGAUCGAUGACUCUAGAAAUCCGGGAGGGUCGUGGUGUCGGUCCCGAAAAAGACCACAUCUACCUGCAGCUCAGUCACUUGCCCCCCGAGAUUCUCCACGAACGUCUGCCUGGUAUUUCGGAAACUGCCUCGAUCUUUUCUGGUGUCGACGUCACGAAGCAACCGAUCCCGGUCCUGCCGACGGUGCACUACAACAUGGGCGGUAUUCCCACCAAGUACACCGGCGAAGUCCUGCGCGUCGACGAUGCGGGCAAAGACGAGGUCGUGCCUGGGCUCUUUGCUUGCGGCGAAGCUGCUUGCGUGUCGGUCCACGGAGCCAACCGGUUGGGAGCCAACUCGCUCCUCGAUCUGAUCGUGUUCGGACGAGCCGUAUCGCACACGAUCCGUGACAACUUCACCCCGGGUCAGAGCCAGCAGGAGCUUGCCGCCGAUACUGGUGCGGAUUCGAUCAACGUGCUCGACAAGAUCCGCACGGCGGAUGGUCCCAAGAGCACCUUCGAGAUCCGCAAUGCCAUGCAGAGAACGAUGCAGACAGAUGUCAGCGUCUUCCGAACCCAAGAAUCUCUGGACGAAGGCGUGAAGAAGAUCAAUGAGGUCGACCAGACGUUCGCCGACGUCGGUAUCAAGGACCGCAGCAUGAUCUGGAACUCGGAUCUUGUCGAAACCCUCGAAUUGAGGAACCUGUUGACUUGCGCAGUUCAAACGGCCGCCUCGGCCGCCAACCGCAAGGAGUCCCGAGGCGCGCAUGCCCGUGAAGAUUACCCAGAGCGUGAUGACGAGAACUGGAUGAAGCAUACGCUCUCGUGGCAGAAGGACCCGCACGGAAAGGUCAACCUGGGCUACAGAGCUGUCACCGCUCAUACUUUGGACGAGGCCGAGUGCAAGGCCGUGCCACCGUUCAAGAGAGUCUACUAA